AGCAAUAUUUGGAGAUGGAGUUGGAAGAAGAAAUGUUUGAGCCUGUAAGUCCCAUGGGACAAUACAUAAACAGCUCCGUGCUAUCCCUCACAAUACUAGGCGUUUUAGAAUCAGAAAUUCCUCUCCAUGACUUGCAGAUAUUUUCCUUACUGAGAGAUGUUUUCUUGCCCGUCAAUUCUCGAUUCUCUUCUAUUAUGGUUGGUGACAAGAAUGGAGUGAAGAAAUGGAAGAAGGUUCAAGUGAAUCUCAAGGAGCAUGUUAAUGUACCCAUAUUCCCCGACGGCAUGUCACUAGAUUAUUACGACCAUUGCUUAAGUAAUUAUUUGUCGAAACUAGGCAUGGAUCCACUGCCACAAAAUCGGCCCCCGUGGGAAGUUCAUAUAUUCAAGUACCCGACAAGUGAUGCAGCUGGGGCUAUAAUAUUUAAGCUUCAUCAUGCACUUGGAGAUGGAUACUCACUUAUGGGAGCUCUCCUUUCUUGUCUAAAAAGAACGGACAAUCCUCACAUUCCUUUAACCUUCCCUUCACGUCAAUCUGGCUCUUCUUCCUCUAAGCUGUCCAAAGGAAGUGGCGUUUCAAGCAUUUUAAAGCUUUUGAGUGGAGUUCCAUCUUCCUUUGCCAAUACUGUAAUGGACUUCGGAUCCGGCCUUCUGAAGAGCAGCAUUAUCAAAGAUGUCGAGUCACCCAUACGAUCUGGUCGUGAGGGAGUGGAAUUUCAGCCCUUCACUAUGACGACCAUAGAAUUUUCUCUAGAUCACAUCAAGAAAAUCAAGAAAACCCUCAAUGUGACCAUCAAUGAUGUGAUUGCUGGAGUAAUAUUAUUAGGAAGUCGGUUGUACAUGGAAGGGGAGAACAAGAAUUCCAGCAACUUCAAUUCAAAUGCACUGGUCUUACUCAACACUAGGAAUCUUGAUGGUUACAAGUCUGUAGACGAGAUGGUGAAACCAAAGACUACAACGCCAUGGGGUAACAAUUUCGCAUUCCUCCACGUCCCUAUACCCAAAUUAAUCACCUCAGAUUUGUCAGAUCCUCUUAAAUUUGUGUAUGAAACACAAAGUACUAUAAAGAGGGGGAGAAGCAGUGCGGGAGUCUGGCUCACAAGUGUAAUGCUAGAACAUCUCAGAAAAUUUAAAGGCCCUGAGGUAAUUGGAGUCAUUCUUGGCUCUGAGAUCUUGUUUAAUCAAUAG